UGCAAAAAUCUGGGUAAUCCGGAGCAAACACUGUGACACAAGCAAAAUGGCAGCAGUCGACAAAGAUUGGACCUAGUGACAUGUAUUUUCGAGGAUUUGCAAAGCUUUUUGCAUCAUGUCUUCUUCAUCUGCAUCUAAGACGAAAAAGUUUACUUUCAAAACUGUUCUUGAUGGAUUACGUGGAUCUGGAAGCUCUUCCCAAAAUCGGCAGGAUACUGAAAUCGAAGAGACCUUGCGUAGUGAACAUUUUAAUGUGACCAAGACUAUACGUCAUGGAUUUCCUUUUCAACCAACAGCACUUGCAUUUGACCCUCUCCAACAUUUGUUGGCUGUUGGGAACAGGACGGGCUCCCUUCGGAUUAUCGGUCAAGCGGGUGUGGAUUGCCACUGCAGCCACGAGUCGGACGUGUCCAUCAUACAGAUCCUCUUCCUGAUCAAUGAGGGAGCCCUGGUGACAGUGACCAACGAUGAUCACCUCCACUUGUGGAAUUUCCGACAGAAACAACCUAGCAUCGUCCACUCGCUCAAGUUUCAGAGAGAAAAAGUUUCCCGUUGCCAUCUGCCUUUUCAAAGUAAAUGGCUGUAUGUGGGCACGGAGAGAGGGAAUGUCCACAUGGUCAACAUCGAGUCUUUCACCUGCUCGGGUUAUGUCAUCAACUGGAACAAGACUAUUGAGCUGUCCAGAAAAACCCAUCCAGGCCCUGUAGUUCACCUGAGUGACAAUCCUGUGGACUCCACAAAGCUUCUGAUUGGCUUUGAAUCAGGCGCCAUUGUCUUCUGGGACCUGCGUUCCAAGAGCCCAGAUUAUAGAUACAACUCCCAGGAGGCCCUGCGGUCUAUAUCGUGGCACAAUGAAGGCAAACAGUUCAUGUGCAGUCACUCAGACGGCAGUCUCUCCACCUGGAAUGUCAAGGCCCCACAGAGGCCUGCCUCUGUCACUUCACCUCAUGCCAAAAUUGGUCCAGAUGGGAAACCAGACCUGUGCAAACCCAUUGCUAAAGUGGAGUGGAGAUCUACUCGAGCUGGGGAGGCCAUGGUGGUGUUCUCCGGUGGAAUGUCCUAUGACCGAGCGGGCCGCACGCCGAGCAUUACUGUGAUGACGGGCAAAAGCACCACGGUGCUGGAGAUGGAACACAACGUGGUGGACUUUGUCACCCUCUGUGAUACUCCCUGGGUUAAUGAUUUCCAAGAUCCUUAUGCCAUUGUUGUACUGCUGCAAAAUGACUUAGUUGUUAUAGACCUCACAACACCGGGCUAUCCGUGCUUUGAGAAUCCUUAUCCGAUGGACCUGCAUGAGUCCCCAGUGACCGCCUGCCAGUAUUAUGCUAACUGCCCCAUGGACAUCAUCCCUGCACUCUACUCAACCGGCAAAAAUCAGAAGAAGACUGGGUUCAGUGAAAAGCCAUGGCCAGUCAAAGGAGGGUCUUGGGGCUCCAGCACCACCAGCUACCCAGAGAUAAUUAUCACAGGUCACGCUGAUGGUUCUUUGAAGUUUUGGGAUGCCUCUUCAGUGAAUCUUCAGUUCCUUUACAAACUCAAGACUGCCAAGGUGUUUGAGAAGCCAAAGCGGCCAUCAGAGGAUAAGGACGAUGACCCGUUUGCCAUCCAGAGCAUCUUCCUGUGCCCGGAGAGCAGAAUCAUGUGUGUGGCCGGGCCCACCCACUGUAUACUCUUCAAGUUUUCCAAGCAAGAGGUUUCCAUAGACUUUGUUACCCUGGAGUUCUCUAUAGUGUACGAGGUCUACGAGGAGAUGGACUCACCAGAGUUUGAUUUUUCAAAGCCCAGCCUCAGCGUCAUGGGUCAGCACAGCAGCAGCAUGGGGUCUUACUCCUCCAAUGCCUCAGACAAUGCCAAGUCUGAGACGGUGACGUCUGUGAAAGCCAAGACUGGCGCCCGGCGCUGGGGCCCAGGAUUUCUGCCUGACCUAGUGUGUAUCCUGUGUUGGGUGGACGGAGAGCCUCCAGGCAAUAUCACAGUCAUGUCCCUCAACUCUUCUUACGGCCUUCUGGCGUUUGGCAAUGAGUCUGGUCUGGCAAUUGUGGAUUACCUGCAGAAGACCUGCCUGCUCAAUCUGGGCACUCCAGAUUUAUAUGGCUCCAUGGAUCCAUAUCAGAGAGCCCCACGGUCUCCUCGCUCCAAAAAGUAUGCCGGUGAGGGACUUGUUCAGACCUCAGAGGACUGCAAAUCUCCUACUGUGGAUCAGUCAGUCUCGUACCUAAACCCCUCUCAGGGAGUGGGAUGGGGGCACCCCAGCUCCUCAGCUCCCCCCUCUCCCUGUGGUGGGCCCGGCCCCCGGCCUCCAGGUCUCGGUGCCUCUCAGGGUGGGCCAGGCCCCCCGGCCACCACUACCAGCAACACUGGCAAGUCACAGCAACAACAUCAUCAGCCCUUGAUGAAAGCAAAGUCUCUGACACCGACUAAGUCAGCCCCACCCCCCAUUACCCCGGUACAGCUGCAGCAGAGACAGGGCAAGGCAUCUCUGGGCAAGGCUUUGUCUGUGGGCUGCCCCGAGUCGCCACAGGUUGACAGCCGCCAGGGCUUUCAACUGGCAGCUCCUAAGAAAGUUCCCCCUCCCAGACCUCCUAGUCCCAAGCCCAGGAUUGUCACGGGUUCAAGUGGCAAGAGUACAGAAGCACCCAGUUCUCAGAGGGAAGAGAAAAGAAUUUCGCCAGAACCCCUGAAUCCGUUUGAGGAGAAUUACUUUAGUCAAGAGGCCAGCACAGGAGUUUUGAGCUCAGAGUCAAAUGUCCCGAAGGCCCCGCCUCGCUCGAGGAAGCAGCUUCAUCAGAAGACGCUAGUCCACCAGCCCGCUCUCGAUCUUCCGCCAUCCCCUAAGAGGGAGUCCGCCAGCCCCAGCAGUAUUCCCACCAGCCCCUCCGCCUUUCACUCGCUGGUGGUAGGGGAGGGAUCGGGGGCGUUAUGUGCUUCCCCACCCAUCCUCACGCCUGUGAUAUGUCUGCCCCGCUCCAGCAGCGAGAGCCGAGAGAUAAGCCGGUGUCAGAAGUCCUCGUCCUGCGAGAACCCCUCCUACCUGUCACCCUCUCUGCCGGGCAAGCCCAAGAGUGUGAGCACCGGUGACCUCCCCUCCGCUGAGCCCCGGAGGUUGAGAAGUGCCUCCAGCUCCUCUGACACAGGGGCGAAGAGGGAAAGUGCGACCAAGACUUUCUCUGACCCACACAGUCGCACAGCCAGUCGGGAGAAAGUCUCCUCAGAGGCAGAAGAUCCUCUGAGAAAGUCUUCUUCAGAUAGUCAACUUCCGGCCUCCAAGGAUGAGGCUGAUGCAGCGUGUAGUACAGAGCAAGAAGAGUUGGCAGGACAUCCAGAGGCUUCCAAGAACUGGCUCAUGAAGAAGAUCCACCGCAGGUCCAAGAAAAAGAAGAAAAAGAAUGCAGAGGGAGGGGAGGAGUCUCAUGAUUCUGCUGCUGCUGGUGAGGGGACUACCACAACAACCGGUGAGCUGGGUGAGAAGGCAAAAGAUGGCGGUGCUGUUGUAAGCUCUGACUGUGAUAAAUCUGGGCUGGAAGAUGGCCAGCAGGGCCAGGAGGUCACCGGACACAAAGAGGAGAAAGAAGACAGCGACGAAGCACUCUGUGACCUGGAGGGGCUGGAGUCGGUCCCGGGGGGAAUGGGGGGAGGGAGGAGGAGCCCUGGCUAUAACAAAACGUUUUUCCACCGCGUCAGUUUGAAGAUUAAGUCCAUAGGGUCCCGCAAAUUGUCCAACGAGGAGGAAGAUGGGAAAGAGGUGUCUGGUGGUGGUAGCAGCAGCAGCUGCGCUGGGCCGCUGUCCGCCCAUAAACUGCUGCAGAAAUCCAUGGACCGGCCUCCCCGGGUUAAGAUUGAGGUGCUGGACAUGACCGAUGAUGGGCCCAAGAAGCACAGCAUGCGCCGAAUGUACUUGACCGAUGUACUGCAGUCCAGGAAGACUGUGGACAAAGUGGACGGCUCCUCGUUCUCCCGGUCUCGGAGCUCCAGCAUGUCAAGUCUAGACAACGUGACCAAAGAAGCCAUCCAGUGUCUGGUGUUUGCUGACUCCUACACUCGCAAGUCAGAUACAGAGACUUCACCGUGCCUGUGGGUGGGCACCAGCCUGGGAUCGGUCAUCGUCAUUGUGCUUGUGUUGCAGCCAGAUCAGCGCCUCUCUCAGCCGGUUAUUGUCUCCCCCAGCGGGUCCCUGUACCGGAUGAAAGGAGUCAUUGUAUGCAUGUCCUUCCUGGACUUCAAGGGCGGCCUCAUCCCGGCCUUGAGCGAGCAGUGGCGGGAGGUCAAGGACAACAAGGACUCCAGUGACCGUGCCGCGGCCAAGAGCACAAGCAGUGAGUCACGGUCGUCUCUCGGCUCUCGUACAUCAGGGCAAAUGUCCGUGAGCAACUCCAAACCAAAGAUCUCCCCAACCUCAUCCACGGAGAUGAACAAUGACCGACAGUUUGCCAUCAUCUGCUCAGAGAAACAAGCAAGGGCCAUCUCCUUGCCAUCUCAAACUUGUGCUUUCAAGGUCAAGGUUACAGAGACCUCCUUUGUCGUACGAGCGGAGAUUGUUGGCAUGCGGGAGAGCGUGUGCCUCAUGUGUUACGUUGCCAAUGGCCACAUCCUGGCUUUCAGCCUGCCCAGUCUCAAGCCUUUAUUUGAUGCAGAUUUCUUGCCUUUACCAGAUUAUAGAGUGGCAAGAACGUUUUGCUUUAGCAACAAUGGUCAUGCGAUGUUCCUCUGCUCUCCCACGGAGAUACAGAAAAUUACUUACUCUGCUGACAUCUCCGAGAAUUUAAAUGAAAUGCUCGGUGAGUUAUUUCUUCCACGUGAGACCCCUGAAGCCCCCAAGCAAGGUUUAUUCAAGACUCUCUUCGGUGGUGGAGUCUCCACACUGGACAGGGAGGAGCUCUUUGGAGAAGCCAGUGGCAAGGCUUCCAAGGGUCUGGCCAAACACAUCCCAGGCUCUGGGAAUCUCCAGCAGCUGCAGUACCAGGCCGCCGCCUCUGGCAACGAGUUCACCCGCACCAGAAUGCUGUUGUCGGAGAGGGGUGAGAAGCUGGGGGAUCUGGACGAUAGGACGGCACAAAUGAUGAACUCGGCUGAGCAGUUUGCCCAGGCGGCGCAUGGUCUGGUCAACAAGUACAAGGACAAGAAGUGGUACCAGUUCUGAGGGAGGGGGGAGUGGGAGGGGCGCACCGUGUGUUGCUUGUGUCAUCUGUGGUCAGAUCAGAACUAGGUUUUUUUUCUCCACUCCGUUGGUUCCGCCGAGUGGUCAGGCUCUUCUCCAGAUUUCUCCCACUUAUGGAGGCUGCUCCAUGCUGAUGAGUCCAAGUUUGGAAUGGACAUCAGACUCCCCAAGUUUGCAAAUUUCUGAUGUAGAGGGAGUAGUUGGCAUGCUCUGUCUAUCUCUGUGUGCGUGUCCAUUAUGUGCUAGAAGGGACCAACGCAAGGUAUCUGGUAGUGAAUACCUGACGGUAUGUGGUAAUAAAUACCAGAAUGUACGUGCUGGGAAAUACCAUGCUUUCUUUGUACAUGGGGAUAUGAACGCUGGCAUGUUUGUUUUUGAGUGCCGGAGAUAGAUUGUCGUUUUCCUUCAGUGUACUUUAUCAAGAUUAUUGUUUGCUGCCUUUCUAAUUCACAGAAGUUCCAGUUGUAAGUGGAUGGUCACUCAUCGUCACAUUUGAUCAUAGGAAGAUUGUGAAUGCUAUGAGUAGUUACACUUUGGUUGUUUUUCUUUUUGGGCUGUCUGUCUUGUCUGUCUGUCUCUCUCUCUCACUCUCCACCUUUCUUUCCCCUC